CACACACAGACACACAGACACGCGCGCACACACGCUCGCGCGUACACUACCUGCCGAAAUAGUCUGUAUGUCCCAGUUAUAGUCAAAAGACAGACAGGAUUUGGAUCGCUUUGUAUUUUUGUUUUGUUAUAAAUAAUAUCUUUUUAUAUAUGUACAUUGAUAUAUAUCGAAAGGAUUUCAGUGUGUGUGUGUGUGUGCGCGCGCGCAUGUGUUUGUUAGUAUGUGUGUUUAAAUGUCUGCUCUGAUUUAAGACUAAAAGCGGAACACAGGUUUGUUUGUUUUUUGUUUUUGUUAUGGAGUGUCCGUUUCAUUGAAGACACAAGACACUAAUGAGUCUGGAGCUCGCGCACUUCUGGGCUUUAAUCCCCUGCUGGACUUUAACUUCACCUUGACGGAUUUCUCGCAGGUAGCUGGACUAUUUCUAAAAGCGUGACCAUGUUGGACAACGACAGGUAUGCAGGCAAGAAGAGGAAGAAGCCAGUCCAAAAACAGAAAACGGCUACUGAUGUCACCAAGUCCAAUCCUUCGAAGAGGCACAGGGAUCGCUUGAACGGCGAGUUGGACAGGCUGACCAACAUGUUGCCCUUCUCUGAGAACGUACGCACUCGCCUGGACAAACUGUCUGUCCUGCGUCUGAGCGUGGGCUACCUGAAAGUGAAGAGCUACUUCAACGCCACCAUGAAGAAAAACAGUCUGGAGUUUCACACAGGAAAAGGAUUAGACACCAGCAAAAUGGAUGCCAUGGGCUUCUCAGAGGGUGACCUUCUCCUUCAGGCUCUCAAUGGCUUUGUACUGGUGGUCACUGCAGAGGGUUACGUCUUCUACGUGUCACCAACCAUACAGGACUACCUCGGCUUCCAUCAGUCUGAUAUGGUCCACCAGAGUGUGUUUGAGUUCAUCCACAUAGAUGACAGAGCCAUGUUCCGAAGGCAGCUGCAUUUCGCUCUCAACCCAAAUCUGUUAGAUGUGGAAGCUGACGGUACCCAGAACAGCAGCGACAUCACGAGGAACCUCAUGGCCUACGACCCGCAGCACAUCCCACCCGAAAACUCGUCUUUCCUAGAGAGGAGCUUCAUGUGCCGCUUCCGAUGCCUCCUGGACAACUCGUCUGGGUUUCUGAAACUGAACUUUCAAGGAAGGUUAAAGUUUCUGGUCGGGCAGAACAGGAAGGCUGAGGACGGUUCUCUAGUCCAGCCUCAGCUCGCUCUUUUCGCCAUUGCCACUCCUGUUCAGCCAUCAGCUAUCCUAGAAAUCCGUACUAAGACUCUAAUAUUUCAGACCAAGCAUAAGCUGGACUUUACUCCUAUGGGUAUUGACUCCAGAGGCAAAGUCGUGUUGGGUUACACAGAAAUGGAGCUGUGCAUGAGAGGGUCUGGAUAUCAGUUCAUUCAUGCGGCGGAUAUGAUGUACUGUGCCGACAAUCAUGUCCGAAUGAUAAAGACCGGGGAAAGUGGAAUGACAGUUUUCCGACUUUUAACCAAGAAUGGAGGAUGGGUUUGGGUGCAGGCAAACGCCAGGCUUGUCUACAAAGGAGGACGUCCUGACUUUAUUAUCGCUCGACAGCGUGCCCUAGUAAAUGCGGAAGGAGAGGAGCACCUGCGCCAGAGGAGAAUGCAGCUUCCCUUCAGCUUCACCACAGGAGAAGCGAUGCUCUACGAAACCUGUCCGACGCCUGACAUGAUGAAUCCCAAAGACACCAACAGAGUUAACCAGAAGACCAUGGUUCCGAGCUCAAUCCUCGAUUCGAUGCAAAAACAGGACAAGUCGAUAUAUCAUCAGGGCACCAAGCCUCAAUUUACAGCAGACGAUGCCUUCACGGAUAGCUGGGCUCUCUUUAAUGUGCCCAGUCACAUAGUGCAAGAUGAACCUGGGAACGAGGAGGAAACCAUCGUGUCCAUGAUUGACACCUUGGAACAGCUGGCUCACGACGGAGAUCUGUGCACGGCACUUCAGCAAAUGGAAGUGGACACGGCCGAGCUGAAAGAGUGGGAAAAUGCCAUUUUGAGGAUGACCAAAGACAAUAAUGGUAACGACAGACCUCUUAGUCUCGAUGAAAUUCUCACCAACGACAUAUUCUCCUACGUGGAGGAUGCCUUAUACAAGGAGAACAGCACUUGUUCCCUGUUGCAACCAAACACCACCACCGAUCUGUUUGGAGGGCAUUCAGAACCUAUGGCGCGCUCAGGAUGUGAAUUCGCACAUCGCACCUUCAACAGCACAGGAGCAGACAACAACGAUUUAAAGGCUGACAGAAAACUGAACACUAUCGCCGUAACUGGGCAACAAAUGGACAGGAUGGUUAGUACAGAUGCUACCAUGGGAAACAAUGUUCCAUGCUAUACAGAAAUAUCUUCCAAGAAUCACAUGAAUAACUCCUCCAACUUGGAGCAGACCGGCCUGUUCACGUCCGCUAGCAAAGUCUCACAGCUGAUCAACCAAACUGAGACGCAUCUGGGUUUAAAAAUGACACAAAGCAUGUACAGUGUUGCCCCUUGCAAUGGAUGGGGGCCGCCAAAACCCACUGAGAACGGCAGAACCUCCAAGCUGGAAAGUACAGAAUCCUACUGCCAGUUUGUGUCCUACACUGCCAACAACACAAAAAAUCCACAAAUGAAUCAUUCACCAAAUCAUAUUCACAAGCUAAGCCAAACAACUCCAAAUCUUUGGAACAAUCUGAGCACAGGGGACCAUAAUCCUUCCUUGUCCCCAUCCACAAAAAACCAUGUCGCGUCUGUCAUCAACUGCCCAAGUCUCUCGAAAUUCCCCCAGCAAAGCGAGAUCCAAGCUUGGCAAAACACAUCACCAGAGCAGCCCUGUGCCAGCCUGGUCAAGAACAGGCUUGUAUCUGAGGGCUGUUAUCAGAGUUUGGAGAGCCCUGGCUUCCCUCCAGCUGAUCUUCUGCCAGAGAGCUCUCAGAGCUGCAACGAUAAACAUAUCAACUUCGUCAACAGCCUGUACCAGUUGCCGCAGAAUGGGUUGGCAGCUAGCGAUUGUUUGCCACUCGGCAGCUGCAUGUUUGAGAACCACUCUCCACUUAACACCAACGCGGAACAGCAGCAUCCUCAAGCACACGCCGUGACCAUCACAUCAUGUGGCAAGAGCACAUUACCCAUCAACCAGAGUCCACCGCAAGCAUCCUGUUACUUUCAGUGGACAUGCAGUGAGCCACUAGUGGGCACAUCCUCGAUUCCACAAGAGGAUACUUGCAUCAGUCCACAGUCGUGCCUUCCAGGACCUGGCAUUGCUACUCUCGACAGUCACAGUGUCUUCCAGAGAUACCUUGGCUGCAAUGGACACAUAUAGGCAAGCGUCCAUCUCCUUGAAGACGUCACUAUUUCCUGUCCUGGCUUUGUCACUAGACUUUCUGAGAACAGCGAAUGCAGCUGAAGAUACCGGACAUGAGGGUGUCGAAUAAUAACUUCCGAGCUCCUUCACGUAGACGUCGAAAUAGACGCCUCAAUGAACCGUACUUUAAGUUCUGUCUAAAGAAACGAACCAUAAAUAUUGGAAUGCACCGUGGAAGUAAAAUUGAUCGAUAUUGUUUAAUAUUAAGCAUCAUUCAUAUGUGAGAUAACUUCGGUCCAAAUUGGAGCCAUUGUAAUGAAAUCUUUCAAGUUGUGUUUUGAAAUGUAGUGGACUGUUUUGAUGGCUUAGACAAGAUGGUGUUGUUGUUGUUGUUGUUGUUUAGCUCGCUUUCUUAAUUUCUUUUAAAGGAUAUUCCUUUUGCACAGCAUUUUUUUCACGUCCACAGGGUAUUUUAUGCUAUUUCGCUCCACGUGUAUAACGUCAGAGUGAAGUCCAAAAACAUCCAAUAGUAUUCUAUUGCAUGCUCUUUUUUUUUAAUUAAAACAAAUA